CCAGCCAAUCAUCUGGGCCCCUUAUCGACCCAAGCCCAAGCUCAAACCCGAACCCAUCAGCCCUUCAAAUAUCAAUUACAGUUCGCUCUCUGCUCCUCGCUCCAUUUCUCUCCCUCUCUUUUUCUGUCUGGCUGUAAACAAUGGAGCCGUGGCUCGACGACUUAGCCGACGAUCUCCAAAGCCUAAGCUUCACUUCUUCUUCCACCGCCACCAUAAACCGUAGCACUAGCUCAGGCUCGGCCUCCAACUCCGGCUCUUCCUCUCUCGCUCCCUCCGCUCAUGGCUCCUUCUCUUCCAAACCCCAUAGUUCCGGCUCCCUCUCCCUCUCCGACCUUCGCUUCUCCCUCCGCCUUGGCUCUGGCGACAUCGGCUCCGUCUACUUAGCGGAACUCAAAUCUCCAGCCCCACCUCCCGACACCAAUGCCGCCAACACAAAUAAAAACAACAGCAGCAACAACAACAAAAACAACAACAUGAAAAGCCAAGUCGUUUUCGCGGCAAAAGUGAUGGACAAGAAAGAGCUAGCGUCGAGGAGUAAAGAAGGAAGAGCGACGACUGAGAGGGAAAUACUCGAAUUGUUGGACCAUCCUUUUUUACCUUCUCUUCACGCCGCUAUCGAUUCCCCUAAAUGGCUUUGUUUAUUAACCGAGUUCUGUCCAGGUGGCGACCUUCACGUCCUCCGUCAACGUCAACCUCUCAAACGUUUCCCCGAUUCCACCGUCAGGUUCUAUGCAUCAGAGGUGGUGGUAGCUCUAGAGUACCUUCAUAUGCUGGGGAUUGUUUAUCGUGAUCUAAAGCCUGAAAACGUGCUUGUUCGAUCUGAUGGUCACAUUAUGCUCACGGAUUUUGACCUCUCGUUAAAAUGUCAUGAUUCUACAGCAACACCCCAGAUUAUUUCUGCUCAAAAACCACCAGUUCCGGUUCCGCCAAGCGACUAUCUUAUUGAUCAUCCUCCUUUCACAUCCUCUUCAUGCAUUAUUCCAAAUUGUAUAGUACCUGCUGUGUCAUGUUUCCACCCAAAACGCAAACGCAAAAAGAAGACCGGCCACCGUGGUGGGCCUGAGUUUGUGGCCGAGCCCAUUGAUGUCCGGUCCAUGUCUUUUGUCGGGACCCACGAGUAUUUGGCACCGGAAAUUGUGUCCGGUGAGGGCCAUGGCAGCCCUGUGGACUGGUGGACGUUGGGGAUCUUUAUGUAUGAACUGUUUUAUGGGGUAACACCAUUUAAGGGUGUGGACCAUGAGCUAACCUUGGCUAACAUUGUGGCUCGAGCCCUUGAGUUCCCUAAGGAACCCACAAUUCCCGCAGCGGCUAAGGAUCUUAUUUCCCAACUACUGGUCAAGGAUCCUGCAAGGCGGUUAGGGUCCACAAUGGGUGCAUCAGCCAUCAAGCACCACCCAUUCUUCCAAGGGGUCAGCUGGGCAUUGCUAAGAUGCAGAACCCCACCAUAUGUACCUCCACCAUUUAGUAGAGAAGUUGUAUCAGAUGAAAGCUGUCCAGAAACCCCAGUGGAUUAUUAUUAGGUUAAGUAAAGGAAAUAAGUAAAUAAGAAAAUUUCAAGAAUCCUCAUAGCAUUCAAUAUAACUGGUGAUUAUAAUUUUGCAAUCAUCCUCUUGGCAUUCACGUUCCCAACCGCUCGAGCCGCCAUUUGAGGCCAUGGCCAUCGUUAGGCCAAGGGCAUGUGUAAAUAUAUGAGAUAAAGAACCGAAAACUUCAUCUCAACUAACCUGGCAACUGGCAAGAUAUUGUUGGAGUAGGGGACAAAUCAUUCAGGUUUGUAAGAUUUGUUGGCAUGACAACGACCCUAACAAUAUCAUAUUCAUCACAACUCUUUGUAUGGUUGGGAUAUAGUGCGUUUUUGUAGCCAACUAUUAUCAGUUAACAUUUUCCAUACAUAUAUUUUAUUUCGAGAAGGGAAAUUUGAAUCUUAGAUUUUGAUGGAAAUAAUCGGAUGCAAGCAUUUUUUAUAUUUCAUGGUGACAGGGAUGUA